AAGAAACCAACAUUUUCUCCCCUUCAAAGUGACACCCACUUCUACGACGACAACCACAACCCAUUCCACCAGACAAAGACAAUGACCACCCACAUCACCUUAUAACCAAACAAGCCCACCUCCCUCAAUACCAUCCAACUACCAUGACAACAACCCCAAAACCCCACAUCGGCCAGGAGCUGCUCUCCCGCGCGCACGCCCCCGACACAGCCGAGCAACUCUUCACAGAGCGCAUAAAACACAAACCCCUCUACCUCCGCCCAACAUCUCCCACCCCCGCCGACAACCGCAACCGCCGACGUCUACACCGUCUCCGCAAAAAGGAAUACUUCCUCCGCAAACAGAAGCCCAAGCCGCUCUCCGCGCGCCAGAAACGCGCCUCCGGCCUGUACGACCUGCCCAAGGAGGAGUGCAAAUAUGCGGUCUUCAAAGAGCUGCAUAAGCUGUGGGUGGAGUAUAUGCAUGACAUACUCGAUAUGAAGGAUCGGCCGGGCCAGUUUGCGGUGACUCCGCUGUCGCAUGGGAGUAAGCUGGUGUCUGCGGAUUUUCAUGGCGCUGAGGUGGAGGUUGUGCGUAGUCGGUGCGCGGGCCGGGUGAGUACAAAGGGGAUUGUGGUUCGGGAUACGAUGUUUACGUUUGUGCUUGUUACGGAGAAGGAUGAGGUGAAAACUGUGCCGAAAGAGCAUACUGUCUUUCGGUUUUGCGUUCCCUUACCGGAGCCACAAAAUGACACUACGGAAGGUAGCGGUGAUACAAGCGCCGGCAAGAAUCUGGUCUUCGAGCUCCACGGAAGCCAGUUUGAGAACCGGCCGGUCGACAGAGCCAACAAAAAGUUCAAAUGGAGGAAUGUGGAUUACCUUUAGUUGGAGCCCCCAAACUCUAAUUAUCGUCUUAAAGAGUCUAUCGAGAAACAGGGACUUCUCAGAUUGAUGCUGGUCAUGACAUGAGGAGGAUGGUUUCUUAUAGAUAACGAGAUUGGUGGCACUGCCACGCCCUUUGGUCGACGCAGUGCGGAUAAACAGGAAAGGCAGUAUUGUGGGCGAACCUUGGAUUUCACCAAGGCUAGUUGUCUCAUCUCGCGAAUUUAUACCCAAGAAAUACAAGCUAUAUAUGCCCGCAGUGU